AUGGCACCGAAUUGGUUGAUGAAAAAAGCCCACCGGGUGACUCCGGUGGUGGUGAAAAUGGAAAACCCAAACAACUGGUCAAUGGUGGAGCUCAAAGUUCCAUCGGAGGAAGAUUUCCUAAACGACGCCGUUUCGUCCAACAAAAGACGUGCCCACAACAAAAACGCCAGGCAGCUGACAUGGGUGCUACUCCUCAAAGCCCAUCGUGCCGCCGGUUGCAUCACCUCUAUCGCCUCCACCACAUUCUCCCUUACUUAUGCCGUUCGCCGGCGUGUAACAUCCGGCCGGACAGAUACAGAAACCGACACCGGAAUCCCCGUUAGAACAUCCACACGUUUUUAUACUUGCAUUAAGGCGUGUCUUUUGUUAUCUAUUCUAUUACUAGCGUUCGAGAUAGCUGCUUAUUAUAAAGGGUGGCAGUUUGGACCUCCAGAUCUCCAUUUACAGUAUUUAUAUACAUCGACAAAUCCAUUUGCAUUUAAGGGUUUUUUCGAUUGGAUUUAUUCAAAAUGGGUUAUGAUACGUGUCGAAUUUCUAGCUCCACCACUACAGAUUUUGGCAAAUUCUUGUGUCUAUAUGUUUCUGGUUCAGAGUUUGGACAGAUUUGUGCUCUGUUUGGGUUGUUUCUUGAUUCGGGUCAUGAAGAUGAAACCUGUCGCUAAACAAACCCUAACAGAUCUUGAAUCUGGUGAGGGUGAUGGGUUUUUCCCAAUGGUUCUUGUCCAGAUCCCCAUGUGUAAUGAAAAAGAGGUGUAUCAACAAUCAAUUGGAGCUGUUUGUAAUUUAAAUUGGCCAAAAUCCAAGAUCUUAAUUCAAGUUUUGGAUGAUUCGGAUGAUCCAACAGCCCAAUUGUUGAUCAAAGAUGAGGUUCAUAAAUGGAAAAGAGAUGGUGCAAAUAUUGUUUAUAGGCACAGAGUGAUUAGAGAUGGAUAUAAAGCCGGUAAUCUUAAAUCUGCUAUGAAUUGUAGUUAUGCUAAAGAUUAUGAAUUUGUUGCCAUCUUUGAUGCCGAUUUCCAACCCUCCCCUGAUUUUCUAACAAGAACCGUUUCUCAUUUUAAGGAUAAUGAGGAAUUGGGAUUGGUACAAGCUCGUUGGUCGUUUGUGAACAAGGAUGAGAAUCUACUAACAAGGUUACAAUACAUAAAUUUAACAUUCCAUUUUGAAGUUGAGCAACAAGUAAAUGGAUUUUUCUUGAACUUUUUUGGGUUUAAUGGGACGGCGGGUGUGUGGCGGAUUAAGGCGUUGGAGGAUUCCGGUGGGUGGUUGGAGAGGACCACCGUUGAGGAUAUGGACAUCGCCGUUAGAGCUCAUCUUCAUGGAUGGAAAAUGAUAUUUCUCAAUGAUGUCGAGUGUCAAUGUGAGUUACCCGAAUCAUAUGAAGCAUACAGGAAGCAACAGCAUAGAUGGCAUUCCGGACCUAUGCAGUUAUUUAGGCUUUGCUUACCAGAUAUCAUAAAAUCACAAAUUAGCAUUUGGAAGAAAACAAACCUAAUAUUUCUCUUCUUCCUCUUAAGAAAACUGAUUCUUCCCUUUUACUCUUUCACUCUGUUCUGCAUCGUUCUCCCAAUGACGAUGUUCAUACCUGAAGCCACCCUUCCAUCGUUAAUCAUCUGUUACGUCCCCGUCACCAUGUCUUUUCUCAACAUCCUCCCCGCCCCCAAAUCCUUCCCCUUCAUCGUCCCUUACCUCCUCUUCGAAAACACGAUGUCUGUAACCAAAUUCAACGCGAUGAUUUCUGGUCUUUUCCAACUCGGAAGCGCUUACGAAUGGGUCGUCACCAAGAAAUCCGGCCGAUCGUCGGAGGGAGAUCUGAUUUCGUUAAUCGAGAAAGAUUGGAAAGUAAACCCUAGAGGAGGUAUUUCCGAACCGGAUCUGGAGGAGUUGCAGAAGAAGAUGAAAGAGGAAGAGAUGAAGGCUUACAGAAAGAGGAAACAUAAUAGGGUUUAUACCAAGGAGUUGAUGCUGGCGUUUCUUCUCUUGACGGCGGCAGCUCGGAGUCUCUUGGCGGCUCAGGGAAUCCAUUUUUACUUCUUGCUUUUUCAAGGGAUCGCGUUUUUUCUUGUUGGCCUUGAUUUGAUUGGCGAACAGGUCGAGUGAAUGUUAUAUCGUCACAAGUUUUUUGGUUGAAGAUUAGGGAGGAUAAGUUGAUGUUCAUACGUAGGACUGUAUAUUAUUCAGGUACUUCUGUUUCUUAAUGUAAUUUCUUUCAUACCUAUUGGGUGC